AUGUCCUGCCUCAAGAGCAUUCUGCAGCUGCUGCAAGUGCUGACAACGCUUUCGGGCUGCAACAUUUACAGAUACGUCGAAGGCAGGCGGGUAUUCAAAGUGAACCCGAAGAUUAAUUUUCUGGUGGGGGCGGUGCACAGAUUCUGGCUGAGGCCAUAUCUGCUGACGACCUUUCUGAUGCACGUCAUAUUCUGGCUGGCGGAGUUUCGCAAGGGACUGACGGAUCUAACGCCUGGGAGUGAGAGGCCACUUAAGCUCAUUUACAGAAUAGGACUGACACUCGCCAAAUAUCAGAACGUUUUCAUCAGCACGGGAAUUGCCUAUCACUACAGGCAUCAUCAGAAGCUAAUGCGACAGGUUCUGAACGAAUUCAUAAGGAUCUAUUAUAGCUACGAGAGAAUUUGUGGUAAGGUGCCGAAAAUUAACUGGCUUCUUUUUGGCAUCCAGGCCUAUGGAGCAUUUAUCGCUUUGAUGGCUCCGUUUGUUAGAAACCAAAUAUUGGGUCUGGGCAUCAACCCAAAUGUUGACAUAUUACUGGAACUGUCUGCAGUAAUCUUUGUGUGCAUUCAGCCGCUGCUAUUGUCACUGGUGGUCUACUUGGGCAUCAUGAUACUCUAUGCCUGCUACGACAUCCAACUGCCUCACAAUCGAAGGAAAUCAUUCCAGCUUUUCGUCUUCUACAGACAGCUCAUCAGACUUAGGUACACAUUCGACUGCUUGGUCAGGUCCUUUGUGUGGGCGGCUUUAGUGCAGAACUUUUUCAUCUUCAUAGCCAACUUUCACUUGAUCCUGUACGAUCAGCAGUCAGCCAUACACUUUGGUGAGAGUCUGCUCAGCGCCUUCAUAUGUCCGGUAGCCCUGCUCCACAUAAAUGUGACCAUUAGCUCCAUCGAGAAAAAAUUCGGUCAAUUUAAAGCGAGCUACAAACCUCAGCGACAGACACAAAUGAUGUGGCUCUAUAUGCACGUGGUGAGAGCGACUGUGGAUAAAAGUGGCUUUAAUGCCUUUCGCCUGGAUAGGGGACACAUUCUAGAAAUGCUGAGACUGGGAUGGUCCUUCGCCAUGUUCACAAACGCCAUGUUGCUCAACAGCACCGCCAGGCUUAAGCAUUUCCAGACUGUGAACUAUAAAAAAUUGUUGUAG